AAUUUAAUAAUAGUACAUCUCGUGGCGUAUCUAGAGUAGGCAACAUGGCGGCAUGUUCGGUGCGUUACUUCGAUGUUGUUUGUAAUUAAUGCAUCGCCCCUUUGAAGGCACGCCUCGAAUCGAUCGACGAAAUUCGACGAACGACGACGACGACAUAAAUCAUUUCUCGUAUUAGUCUCAAAUGUCGCUUCGUGCUCGUAGAAAUAGACGGGCAAGCGUGAGAACUCGAAUUCGUCGUGCAAUCGUCAUUCAUGGUUGAACACACCAGUGUCGAUUAGCGUCGAGGUGGACCGAAACGACUCGUCUCGUUGGUAGACCAGAGUUUUGUAUGAGAAGAGUCAAAUCGGUGUUUGCACGUUGCGCGGGAAAACCAAGGGGUAACAUGGUGAAAGGUAGGGAUGCAAUUUGAGAAAAUUCGUCCACACUUUCACUGAACAUUUGCUUCUGAUAAUCAGGUUAUGUUUUGAUAGGUUUCACUUUCUCUCUCUCUCUCUCUCUCUCUCUCUCUCUCUCUCUCUCUCUCUCUCGAAGAUAGCUUUUCCAGAACUUCGUUUUCUAACUUCUCGGAAUAAAUUGCCAAGAUCAAUUCUUGCUCGUACAUGUGCAAUUGCAAGAAUGUUACAAGAUUCAUAGGGAGGCGAAAACGCGUGCAAACAAAGAACACAGUUCAUAUGAGGACUGCUUUGUCCAGCCAAUGUGAGGCAAAUUCACCAAUGAAGAAGGAGGCCAAGUUGAAUGUCAGUAAAAGUGUUAAAAAUGUCAACUUGGGCCAAGUCCAUUCAGUAUCCGAGGAACACAAACCACAUGCGUGUAUAAAUUCCUUUUUGUAUGCACAAAUUGCAGAUGUUUCUACAAAUGAAGCUUCUACGAUGCCUAUUGAAGAAAACUUUUUCAGAAGCGAGGAAACCAGUGAUAUACAAGACGACAUUCUUAUAGACGUUGGUCAAUUCAAAACAGAUGAAACACCCGUCGCGGUACCUAUCCAUGGUCCUUCGACACCACAUAGAAUUAAGAUGCCAAGCAGUGAAUUGGAGGAUCUAGAUGAUAGAAAUGCAAAUGAAAACAUGCAUAAGAAAUCUGUCAUAACUUCUGCGCUUAACCUAGAGCAGCAGUCAUUUAAAAAGCCUGCCAGUCACAACCGUAGAAAAUUAAAUAGCAAUCAGUCUGCCAUAAGUCGUUCGAUAGAUCCGUUGAAUGCCAAAAGUACAAAUCACAAGCUCACUGACUACUUUCCAGUCCGCCGUAGUGUAAGAAAAUCGAAGAAAGCAGUGUUGGAAGAGAAACAACGUGACAUGGAGAAUAAAGUGCUUUGUCAAGUGGAGGAAGGCUUAGAAAUAAAACACUUUGCUGGUAAAGGUCGUGGUAUAGUGACAACGCGAGAGUUUAUGAAAGGAGAAUUUGUAGUAGAAUAUAUCGGUGAACUAAUUGACCAAGUAACGGCGAAGAAACGCGAGAAAAUAUAUGCACAAGACCAGAAUACUGGAUGCUACAUGUAUUAUUUUCAACAUCGUAAUCAUCAGUAUUGCGUCGAUGCAACAGCAGAGACUGAUAAAUUAGGUAGAUUAGUAAAUCAUUCAAGAAACGGUAAUUUAAUCGCUCGAGUCGUAGAGGUGGGAUCGACGCCGCAUCUGGUACUGACGGCGAAAGAAAAUAUACCUAUAGGAGUGGAAAUUACAUACGACUACGGAGAUCGAAGUCGCGAAGCAAUUCGUCAUCAUCCAUGGUUGGCAUUAUAGCGCUUUCAAUUAUUGAUUAGUAGCAUGAUAAAUUGUACAGCAGUACAUCGUUUAAUUAGUUUUGUACGUACGUCUUAUGAAGGAACGACAAAUAUAUAUGUAUAUGGAGAGAGAGAGUGUGUGUAUGUGUUUUAGUCGAAUUUUACAAAUUAAUCUGAAUAAGAAUGUCUCUAAGAUGAAUGUAUCCUUACUUUUAAUAUAACGAAAUAUGUAAUUAUAUUCUUCCGUACGUGUGUAACAAAGCAAAAGAAACUGGAGAUGGUUAAUAAUUUUGUAAGAUAAAUAGUAUAGCUAGCAUACGCGUCUCUUAAAACUAUCAAACUGACAAAAUAGAUAUUGAUUCUUUCGUUGCAAAUUUCUUUUACAUACUGUUGCUAUUAUCUUGAAUUAUCAUUUUACGACUGUACAAACAUUUUUGUUUACAAACAAAUUUGUACAGUAUCUUCCAAAAAUAAUUUUUGGAUAGCAAAUGCUAAUAUAUUUAGUCUUAGAUUUAGUCUAGUAUGGCUGAAGCUGAAGCUAAACUAUUAAAUAUCUCGAUAUACUAGGCCAAAACUUUCUCCUAGUUGAAGAAUUUAUACAUUGAUCAGGGAAUACUUUAGUCUCUGCAGCGCUACGAUUGUGUUACAAAAUAGUAGUUACUUUUCGUUUUUUAUUAAUUUGACACUGCCAAAUUUCAAAUGAUUGAUGGAGAACUAGCUCCUAAUCAAAUUCACAGACGAAAGAAGUUGCGAAUAAAAGUAACACAAAUGAAAAAAGAUAAAUCGAUGGAAGCGAAGAAAAAUGCCUUCACACA